AACCCACCGAAUCAAGCUGUGCAGAAGAAUUCAUGCUUCCGCACUUGGCUAAAUGCAAUCUCAAUUUGUAUUGCGUGUAAUCAACAAUGCGACAGCUUCAAGAUCCAACCCUCGUGCGGCGGAGCAGAACUGUUUAGCGCUGCUUCAGGCCUGUAAUUUGCUACCGAAGCUCACCCAAAUCCACGCUCACAUCUUCAAAUUGGGCCUCCACAACAACCCGCUCGUCCUCACCAAAUUCGUCUCCAUUUCCUCUGUUAUCAAUGCCACCGAUUACGCUGCCUCCUUCUUGUUCUCUGCCGAAGCCGAUACUCGGCUUUACGAUGCGUUUCUAUUCAAUACUCUCAUUAGAGCUUUUGCCCAAACUGGUCACUCGAAGGCUAGGGCACUGUCUUUGUAUGGUAUUAUGCUUCACGAUGGGAUUUUGCCUAAUAAAUUCACUUACCCUUUUGUUUUGAAAGCUUGUGCUGGCCUUGAGGUUUUGAGUUUGGGUCAAUCGGUUCAUGGGUCGGUGGUGAAAUUUGGGUUUGAUCAUGAUGUUCAUGUUCAGAAUACUAUGGUUCAUAUGUACUCUUGUUGCGCUGAUGGGAUAAUUUUUGCCCGCAAGGUGUUCGAUGAAAUGCCCAAGUCAGAUUCUGUGACUUGGAGUGCGAUGAUUGGAGGGUAUGCUCGUGUGGGGCGCUCCACUGAAGCAGUGGCCUUAUUUAGGGAGAUGCAAAUGGCGGAGGUUUUCCCGGAUGAGAUCACUAUGGUCUCUGUUCUUUCUGCUUGUACUGAUUUGGGUGCGCUUGAACUUGGGAAAUGGAUUGAAGCUUAUAUAGAGAGACAAGGAAUUCAGAAACCAGUAGAGGUUAGCAAUGCACUUAUUGAUAUGUUUGCAAAGUGUGGCGAUAUUGGUAAAGCUUUGAAGUUAUUUAGAGUUAUGAGUGAAAAAACAAUAGUUUCUUGGACUUCUGUGAUUGUUGGCAUGGCAAUGCAUGGCCGUGGCCAGGAGGCUAUUUGUUUGUUUGAGGAGAUGAUAGGUUCGUCCGGUGUUGCUCCAGACGAUGUCGCCUUUAUCGGGUUGCUUUCUGCUUGCAGCCAUUCGGGACUAGUCGAAAGAGGUAGAGAAUAUUUCAGUUCUAUGAUGAAGAAAUACAAGCUUGUUCCUAAGAUAGAACAUUAUGGAUGCAUGGUGGACAUGUAUUGCAGGACUGGACUUGUGAAGGAGGCUCUUGAGUUCGUUCAUAACAUGCCGAUCGAGCCAAACACGGUGAUUUUACGAACGCUAGUCAGUGCUUGCCGUGGUCAUGGUGAAUUCAAGCUUGGAGAAAAGAUCACCAAACUGUUAAUGAGACAUGAGCCUAUGCAUGAGUCAAACUAUGUUUUGCUUUCCAACAUUUAUGCAAAGAUGUUCAAUUGGGAGAAGAAGGCCAAAAUUAGAGAAGUGAUGGAAGUGAAAGGCAUGAAAAAGGUUCCAGGGAGCACCAUGAUUGAGAUAGAUAAUGAAAUCUAUGAAUUUGUUGCUGGUGAUAAAUCUCAUAAACAGUUCAAGGAAAUUUACGCGAUGGUGGAUGAGAUGGGGCGAGAGAUGACGAAAUCUGGAUAUCGACCUUCGACAUCGGAAGUUUUGCUCGAUAUCAAUGAAGAAGACAAAGAAGAUACUUUGAAUAGGCAUAGUGAAAAACUGGCUAUUGCAUUUGGUCUUCUUAAUACUCCACCUGGAACUCCGAUUCGAAUCGUAAAGAAUUUGCGAGUUUGCACCGAUUGCCACUCCGCUUCGAAGUUCAUCUCUAAGAUUUAUGAUCGUGAAAUCAUAAUGAGGGACCGUAAUCGGUUUCACCAUUUCAAGGCUGGGCUGUGCUCGUGUGGAGAUUUCUGGUGAAGUUAAAAUAGCGCCACCAACAUGUCUUCCAGAAUCGAUGUAACAGUCCAAGCACACCACUAACAGAAUUCAGCCACGUUCAGUUGCUUUUGCUUGGAAGAUUUCUUUGCGGCAACCAAAAUAAGAAGCUAGCUUCUUCAGCUGACAGCUUGAUCUCAAAGGCGAUCGAACGAACAACUCGGCAUGUCAAAUUUCACUCUGUUUUGUUCAAUCAUUAAGGAAACUUCAUCAAACACAGCACAGGAUGCAGAGACUCUGAAAUUAUGAGAAUCAUUAAGGCUGGUUAACCAUAAGUUGUGAGACCGAGUUUACAAGGUGAAGGAGAAAAGUUGUGGGUCCUCCUUAUGAUGCUACUAACGGCUGUCCGAAGUGCAAGGGUAAACAUGAACUCAAAUAGGAUAGGAUUGUGCGCAUAGAACCCUUCAAAUCCAAAUGAAGAGAGAGCUACUAGAACUGAAAAAUCAGGUCGGAUUUGAAGAUGAAUUGAAAUUUUGGUGACGUUUAAAUUAGCAUUAAGUAUUCUACCAAAAUUUCAACGUGUUAAUCUUUUGAAGCUCCAACAAAUUUCUU